CUAAGCAUCAUGAUGCCUAGGUAGAAUCCAUCUGAACCCAUUUCCAUUUCCAAUUCCUAAUUCCAAUCAUUUUAGCCCUCUCUUCCUGCUAUGCGUUCAAACUUCUAAGAAAAGAAAAAACAAACUUGCAGACUGCAUAGACCAACAAGAGAGUGAUGGAUAUCCAACAACAGAAUUCAAGUGCCCUCAUGCUACCAUGUUUAGCUCAGGGCCACAUCUCACCCUAUCUUGAGCUUGCCAAGAGGCUUUCAAGCAGAAAUUUCAACAUAUAUUUUUGUUCCACACCCAUCAAUCUAGAACUCAUAAGAAAAAAUGUUAAAGGUGAGUCCUCUUUGAUUCAAUUCAUAGAUCUUCACCUUCCUUCAUUAUUAGAAUUGCCUCCACACCACCACACCACCAGGGAUCUCCCUCCCCACCUCUUCCCCAUUCUUGUAGCGGCCUUUGAUGCAGCAAAGCCUACGUUUUGCAAUGUCCUAAGGACCCUUAAGCCCAAUUUAGUCAUCCAUGAUUUUUUGCAACCAGGGGCAGCAGCAGCAGCUAAUGAGCAGGAUGUUAGAGCUGUCAUGUCCAUAGCUACUGGUGCUACAGGUAGCUCUUCUGCGGCCCACUAUGUGAAGAACCCUACCAUGGAACAUGCUAUCCAGGAAGCUGAAUUCAAGAAAUCUCUCCAGUGGUUUGAUGGUACUAAUAAUGGUAUCACAAACAAACACAGUUUCUUGGAAUGCUUAGGAAGAUCGCCUAACAUGGUAUUGAUCACGUCAUCAAGAAUAACUGAAGCUUCGUACAUUGAUUAUAUGUCUGUUUUACUAGGGAAGCAGGUGAUUCCUUUUCAAUGGCUGAGCAAGAAGGAACCUGCUUCAGUUGUCUCAGUUUCCUUUGGAAGUGAGUGUUUUCUUUCAAAGGAAGAGGAGGAGGAGAUAGCUCUUGGGCUAGAACUUGGCAAGGUGAGCUUUAUAUGGGUUGUGAGAUUUCAAGGUGGAGAUCAUAACAUUUGUACCCCUGAAGCCUUAUCGGAAUGCUGUUCAAAGAGAUUUGAGGAGGGAGGCUUGAUAUUGCAAAGAUGGGCUCCACAGGCAAAAAUACUUGGGCAUUCAAGCAUAGGGGGGUUUGUGAGUCAUUGGUGGAAUUCAACACUAGAAGGGAUGAUCUAUGGUGUUCCAAUCAUAGCCAUGCCUAUGAAGCAUGAUCAACUUUUUAAUGCCAAGUUGGUGACAGAGCUUGGUGUGGGCAUGAAGGUGCCAAGAGAGAAUGGCAAGCUUAAAAGUGAGGAAAUUGUAAGGAUUAUCAAUGAAGUGAUGGUGCAAGAAGUGGGGAAAGAAUUGAAGGCUAGAGCUACAGACCUCGGUGAAAGAUUGAGAGUGAAAGGAGAAGAAGAGACAAACGUAGCACUGGACCAAAUACUGCAGCUUAAUAAUAGCUUAUGAAAGCAUCAAAGACUCCCUAAAUACAUGCGACAGAUCAGGCCUUUAAUAAGCAGAAUUCAAUCUAUGCAUUUCUUUUUCGUGGUUAUUCUUUCUAAUAAAAGUUGCAAUUUUUAGUUGCUUCAGUAAUCUUGAAGGAACAGAGACUUAUUUGUAAAUUUCAGGAUUAGCCAGAAAUCGUUUGUUGCUUAGAUUGCAGAUAUAUCUUUGUUCUGCUGUUAUUGUUCUAGAAA